ACGACAACGACCCUGGACUGGGAGUUGCGUUUGGCUGCCUGCAUCUGCGUCUGCAUCUCACCGACCGACGGCAAGGAGAUACCUGGGCUUGGACCUGGACCUGGACCUGAGCUUUCUGCCUUUUGCUUUUCUUUCUUCUUUUUUACACUUUUGCCUGCACUUUUACCUCCACACUCCCCCGACCCAAGCACCGCCGACUACCGAUCCAUCAACUCCUCCGUUCUCCGUUCACCCUUAUCGACUUGAACUGCCUCGAACGACAUGAACUAUGGAUGAGCAGGUCUCGUGGCCGAUCAAGAUCCCUAUACGUUCGUGAUCAAUUCAUUCAUCAACCAACGAUUACGACCGUACCCUCUUCUUUGCGCACACGACACGAUACGAUAUACGAUAACCGAUAACGAUGCAUCAACAACCCCGUGGCCCAGCCCGGGUGUCAUCCCCAGGUGCAACGCACCAUCCAACCAUUCCAUCUCGAUCCAACAGCACCAGAGAAGCUGCAUUGGGAUCCCGACCUCGAGCUGGCUCUAAUGCUGCUGGUAGAGACACACCCAGCUCGCCAACUAUUGGAGAUAUGCCGACACCAGCGCCUCCAGCCGACUCGAUCAAGAAGCUCGAUCAAAUAGUACAGAACUUCUAUGCAAAGGCAGCCGUACUCGUCCUCGACUCACGCAUCAAAUCCAAGCCUGCGCGCGGGGCCAACGGUGGGCGGAAACCCAACAAAUGGUUCCAAAUAGAGACGGAUGAGAUUGAUGACUUUCGAGAUGAGCUCAAGAUCUGGAAGACUUGCGGUAGCUUCGAUAACCCCCCUCCUCCAAUGGUCAUCGAGGUCUAUCUAGAUACCUCUCGAUUAAAAGACAGUCAGAGUCUAGUCAUCGUUGAUGAGGCUGGCAAGAGAUGGGAUGUGAUGGAACAGCUGAACUCAUCCGGUUCCUCUACCGAUAGCUCGUCUGGCGCAUCCCGGAGAAACAACGAGGUUAUCAUUGAGAGGUGGCGAGUCGAGCUCAAGUACUCAGGCGUAAUACCCACGGACUUUGGCCCGAUCCUACCCACCAUCUACAAGAAGGCCAUUGUUUUCUUCCGGUCUCUUUUCAUCACGACUCGCCUUCUUCCAGCAUGGAAGUUUGCCAGCCAAGGUCCCGCCAAGAACUCACACCCGGCGCUUAUUCCACGAUGCCGAAUACGUUUAUCUCAGUCUGAUCGCUCACGUAAUGAUCAGCUGCGUCUUCCCAUUGACGGCAGACCAGACCCCGUGACGGAGUACAUGUUUGGCGAUUUAGAGGUGCCCGUUGGACGACUAAGCACUACUGUCACCUAUCGCAAUGAUUGCAAUUUCCGCGUGGAUGACUCUGAGGCUCUACUGAGUUCUCGUUUCAUGGGAGUGGACGAGAACUUUUUCCGACCUUCCAUUCCACCGCUGAAUGACCAGUCAAGAGCGCAGAUGACGGAGGCAGGGUCACUGCGUGACAACCGCUCGCGUCCAAACUUGAGUGAUAUGCAGCAGGCAUAUGGAAGUCUUUCAACGUUUCACACUAAUGUCCCAAUGGGGACCAGCCCAAUCUCGGCUUUGAGAUCGGUGCGACCACCAGGCUCCGACACAAGCUCACCCCCAGAGUCUCUGCCAGCACAGAAUAGUGUGGGUGGUCCAAGCUCUUUGCCAGUACGUCAAAGUGCAGCACGACCUCCUUUGCGAACGACCGAGGGCUCAAGCCGGCGUCCUUCAGUAUCUUUUCAGCCUUUCAAGGCGGGCUCGCUCUCGGGCUCGCCUGUCCCAAGGCAGAUUGAUCCUGAGCCGGCUUCUCCUCAAACGUCGACUCGUCCAGGUAUUCCUUCCCUUAAGCAAGCAGGAAACCGAACAUCUCUUACUGCUGGUAUGCCAGCUUCUCUGCGGGGUGGUCCUCCUCCUUCGGCAUCUACAGACCCUGCUGUUGCCAGCUCCCCGCGACCAGCAUCGACUAGUCGCUAUAGUAGCAGUUUCACACAUCGCCGUGGUCGUCUAUCUUUUGGAGGAGCCAGCAGGGCUGGUGAUGACGAGCAGGGCAGCAGUGGCAGGCAGAGUUUGGCCUCAUCGGUGGCACAGCCAGGAUCUGACCUCCUGGAUGAGGUCGCAGGAACCAGCUCAGACUCGCUCCAGAACGACCAUAAACACCUCUCAGACUUUAUCAGCGCACUGGACAGUAAAAAGACCUUGAAAAGCUUUGGUCCCUCAAAGAAAGGUGAAUCAGCAACAAACAAGACUGUGGCGCAACUAUCGCGCUUUCAUCAAAUGAGGGACUCUAAUAACGCGCUCACGGAUUCGAUGACAUCGUCUGUACAAAUGCAGAGGUCAUCGAGCUCAUCCAGUCGACAAUUGACGAGUGUGCCUGGGAUGACUGCACCAGCUUCUGUGUCUGCUUCGUCGUCUCCUGGGAAGCCACUCUCACCUCAUACACCCCACACGCCAGCAAUUCCGUCAAGGUUGAGCGAGAACUCGAUUAUUGAUUACACUGGCCAAGGACGAAUUACUUCACGUCAGGGGCGAGCAUCUGAUAAUAACCCUGCACCAGGGACGAUCAGAGAGAAUACGGUUACACAAGAUGGAACGACAGCCAUCGACAUUCCAUUGUCACCUCGGCUAGCAACGUAUGAGCGAAGGGCGAGCUCUGUUGCACUCCACAAUCGGUCGAUGGCGGAUGAAGAUGAGCCUGACUCCGCCUUUGCGCACCGAUCUAUCAGCUUAGGUGCUGAUGAUAGAGAACCACCUACUCUAAGCAUCUUGCUGGGUAGGCAGAUGCAGCUUGAGGGAGGGUCAACUCAAAGGGGAUCGGAUGAACUCAAACCAGCUGCUGAAAUCGAGACUUCUGACACGCCAGGGAUGAUGCAGCGCGGUCUGUCAGAAGAGAACCCUCCUGAGGGACUGAUACCGACAGCAGCGUCUAGCUCACCUUUUGGUAGAAGGCGGUAUAUGGGUAUGGCUUCACAUAAGCAGACACCGCCGCAAUCAUCGCGUGGAAGCUUUACCGGAUCUAUCACCAGACAGGUCCGGGGUGACGAUGACUCGAUUAACGAGGAGCCUCUGGUCUUUGACCUGUCAGAAAUGGAUCCGCAGGGUCGGCGAAGCAUCGAAGAAGCCCGCAGCGGCGCCCAUGGGGCUACAAAUGCUACAUCAGAUAAGGGAGGAUAUGAAAGCCGUGGUGCUUCAAGACGGGGUUGGUGAGAAUGACAUAUCGGAAUAUGCAUUUUUGGACACAUAUUACAUGCAAGAUCUAUCUAACGGCAAAGUGAGAGCAACGACACCCCAGCUUCAUUAGAGCCACGAGUUAUGUUUCAAAGGCAGUGGAGUUGCAGGCAGGAUGGCGCAUUGGAUGCGUGAUACAGUAGAUUGCCAAGUUAUUUAUGUAUGGAUGGAUGGAAGCGGCGUAUAUGGACUUGUAUACACUAUUCAUAGGUUGAUACGAUUCAAAGCAGCGUUGACUGUAGCGUUAGCAAGCGGCAUCCUUCUUAUAAGGCGAGCCACAGAAUAUUUACAUUAUGUAUGGGAUAUA